GCCGCUCCGUCGCUGGUGCUGUGUUAUCAUAAACGUCAGUCGAACUGUGGAAGGCAAAGAGAACGGUGCCGUCACUGAAGACGAAAUUUUUUUGGCAAAUCGGUCAAUAAAGAAGGUUUUUAAUGUAAUAAAAAUUGCUUUUUUCUUAUGAUAAUCCUUAGUGAGAAUGUGUCGAAAAGUGUACUACCUGCACAACUAUAAAUUUGGAUUACUCUACUUCCUACAAUUGUUCCUGCUGGGCAAUGCAGAACUUUUAAUUAAUGUACAAAAUCAGGGAGGCGAAGUGGUGCAAGAGACAAUAACUUCCAAUGUCAGUGAUGAUGUUAUUACCUUGGAGUUUCAACGGACUGAUGGAACUCUUAUCACAGAGCUGAUUGACUUUCGAAACGAGGUGCACGUCCUGAAGGCACUCGUCCUGGGUGAGGAGGAGCGAGGGCAGAGUCAGUAUCAAGUGAUGUGCUUCGUGACGAAAUUUCAGAAGGGCGAUUUCAUCUCUUCAGAUGCAAUGGCAAAAUUAAGACAGAAAAAUCCCAGUACAAUUCGAAUCCCAGAGGAGGAUCGAGGGAAGGAGAAUUUCACAAUGACAGCUUGGGUGACACUGGAACGGUCGUCCUCCAUAUCACGGCACAUAGCAUCCCUGUGUGCUGAAGCAUCGGACUCAACCUAUGCGAGGGAUGUGGAUUUGAGAGCAUGGGCGGAACUUCCAGGUUCAUCGAUAUCCAACUUGGAGGCAGCACUGCGGCAAUUUCCGCCGACAAAACCCUCACGAUGUAGCGAAGUAUCGGGUGUCUGGGCACCGUGCACGUGCUUCCUGGAAAUGUGCAUCGGUUGGUAUCCGUGUGGCCUGAAGUACUGCAAAGGUAAGCCGGAUUCGCAAGAUGGUGCCAUGGCGUCAGGUACCACAAGCUACCGGUGUGGCAUUAAGACGUGCCGGAAAUGCCAUCAAUACUCCUACUAUGUACGGCAGAAGCAGCAAUGCCUCUGGGAUGAAUGACCAUUGUUUAGAUUUAAUUUCCAUUCAUCCUUUUUUUACAAUCCCAAUGUGGAAUUUCAUUUAUAUUCCACGGACACUACACCCUUCUGCAACGAUGAAACUUGUCAACAAAUGUUAAAAUAUUCAUAAAACAAAAUGCAGCUGAAUGGUGAGAAUGCGGGUUGAGGAUGUGGUGGGGGGGGGGCGGUGUGAAAGUUCCACAGAGAUCCCUUUUAUCUGCUACACAGGUGUGGAAAAAAUAAUAAAUUUCAUUAAAUUCACAUAAAACUGAAAAAUUUUGUGCAUAAUCAUUAGGACAGGUGUGUUCAAAAAGUUCUUUUGCAUCGUGUUCUUUGAAGAAGAGACUUAAUCUAUAAAGUAUUUUAGUGCUCGUGCCAUAAAGUUCUGCCAUAGAUUUUCUUUUGACCAACUUGAUGUGUAUUUAGUACCAAUUUAACGGAAAUUCAACCAAACUGCCCAAACACAAUAAAUUCAAAAAAUAAAAAUGAAUAGCAAUAGAAUUAAUGAAAAACCUCUAGCUGUAAGAUCUUUUCCAAUUUUUUACUAUGCAAGUAUUUAAACUAACAAAAAAAAAUUCUCAUUUUAAGGAAAUAUUCGUUGUUUUAAAAGUUUUUUCCAGCUCCUCUUGAAUCAAGUUUCUCCUAAGCUUUUCCAGUGUGUCGUUAACUUGUUAAAUCCCUCUAGAGUUGCAUUUUUUGAAUUAAUAAAAAAUACUCUUUGACUUUGAAAGGUUUGUGAUUAAAUUACCGGAAAAUAUACUCAAAGAGAAAGGAAUUUAUUCACUGUUUUAUAGGAAAAUUCUUUAUUCGAAGAAAAAAAUCAGGAAACGAUUGAUCUCGUCUUUUAAUUUUCCUUUGGGAUUAGCUGGGAAAAGCCAGCAAAUAUUUGUCUAUUAUAAAUAUUCAAAAAAUUAUCUCAAUCAAAAAUAAGUAGUUGCUUGUAUCCUCACUUAAGUCCUAUAGUAAGCAAAAGAACUUUUUGAACACACCCACAAACAGACUCGUGAUACCUGUAAAAGGUACGUUGACUCUGUGUAGCAGUGCAAAUUGGAUGAACAUGUAAAUUUAAAUGAAAGUUAUAUAUAAAAAAAAUAAGACUUCAUCCAACCAUACGAAAUUCUGUGGCAUGUUGCGUGUUUUGAGUGAAAGUGGAUGAGAGAGAAUUUUUGGGAAAACAUCGAGGGUGUGUGCUGGGGUGGAAAAAAAAUGUAAUUUUGUAAAUACUAAAAGAAAAAGAAGAAACGAUGGAAAAGAAAAUGCUAAGAAAAAGUAUAUUGUAGGCUAUAAUGUAUAUUUUCUAAACUGGAAAAGAUCAUGCAAGGGUUAAAAAUGACACACACACACAAUUUGGAAACUUUCAAAAUGGAUUCAGCUAUUCUUUUACAAAACUUAUCGUUAAAAUUGUUGGUGCAUGUGUGAGACUUUUGUGAUUGAAGAAAAAAAAACAGUGAACACAGACGGAUAGAAAAGGAAAGAAAACAUGAAUUUAAUCAUAGCUUCUAUAUGUAAAUUUUCCGACUGAGCGCAUACUGAAUGAGUGCUGAAUGGUUUAUAUUUUUGCAAUGUUGCCAUUUUUAUUAGUUGGUACGUAUUUUUUUUAUUUGCUUGUUUUUAGCAAAAAAAAAGGCUUCUUCUAUUCUAAAACUCCAUGGAGGUUUUUUUUUUCACAAUAUAUUUCCCCUUUUUUUAUGCUCUUUUUGUGCGACAGAGUUAACAAAAAAAAUUACACAGGCAAAUACACGGGGUGAUGCAACAGGGGAAAAAGAAGAGGAAGAAGGGGAUGGAUUUUUCUGUUUGAAAGCUUUCCGGAAAAAAAAAUUCCACCCUCAGUGUAUUAUUUGUUUAAUUAUACCACGAACCGAUGUCCGUGUGCAGGUGCAAAAUAUACAACAAAGUUGGAGGCAUUGUGCCAUAUCGUAAUUAUCAUUUGUGCCAAUCAACUGAAAUCAAUUGAUUCAAUUGUGCAGGGGUUGGAAUAUCACCGACAAAUUGGGUCAGGUACGUUUUUUUUCUCCCCCGUUGAUGGUGGUGGUGGGUGUCAGUUGGAAAAUGAUAAAUAGCAAAUUUUGUGAAGUGGAUUAAUUUUGCAACUUGCACAUAAGCAGAUAAAUAUGGGAGGCCCAUUCAAUAUAAAAUGUGCAUCGAGAUAGUGGCAAAAAGCGGGUAAAAUCUCUUUGAUGUUAUCGCGCAAACCCAAAUAUGGAGGUAACCCAAACUUCAAUUGAUGACAAACAAUUCAAUCAGAAAAUUAGACAAUUCACGCCCAAAAUAUUGGCAAAAGGGGGGUUAAUUUACUUUUGACAGAUUUUAAAUGUAGUUCAGUUCAUUAACUUGUUUGUAUUUUAUGGUAUCAAUAAACCCCUAUUGAGUUACAUACAUACAUAGUUAUUUUCACUCUAUAUAACAUUCGUAGUAUGUAUGUAAUGAACUUGUGUAACGGCGUAUUGAAAUUAUUAUCGUUAGCCUAAUCUUUAGGUAAAAUAUCAAGGAAGGAUUUUAAAGAAUUUAUUCAUUUUGAGGUCAUUCAUAAAAAAUAAUAUGGAAGAUUGUAAAACAUUUAAUAAUACUCAGAUGAUUUAUUGUUUUAUUUUACAUGACUAAAAGCUCAAGAAAGCUUUGCUAAGAAUAGUAAAGCCACGCCCACAUUAAAUCUCAUUUUGAUUUACAAUUUUUAUAUACAUAGAGCAUAUGCUUUAGUGCUCUAUUCGAUGAUUCUUAUCUUAUUUUCCCGUUCAUGAGGUGUUUUAAUUGAUUCCAUAGCUUCAAAAAUAAUUUAAAAAAAAAUAAAUGACAAAUCUGAAACUUUCACGUCAAAAUGACAAAAUUGCCGACAACUAGACACACAUUCAUCCCAAAAUGAAUAAGCUCCUUUUAAAAAUGGUAUUAAAUCAUCCAAACUAUGUCCUAAAAUCGCUGAAAUUUUAUUUUUUCUUUCUGUUAGUUCAAUAGAAUUUAUUUGAAUACACAAAAAACAAUUUUUUAAUGAAUUUUUGGAGCAAUUCAACCUCUGAAUUCUUUUUUUUUCCUUUUCCUUUUAAAUAAUUUUGAAAAUUUUCCCCAAAAUAGUCAAAAAAUUAAUAAUUUUCCUUGCUAUUCAUCAACCCAAUCAUCCCCACUAAACUCCAUUCAAUUUCAUAAAUAAUCCUUGGUAUGUUAUAAAGCACAAAUUAUGUAUACUUUAUGUGCAAACUACCAUCACGAUGUUGGCUUUGAGCAUGUGAUAUAGCAUUUCCGACAUUUAUAUAACUCAAUAUUGCACGGAUAUUUCCGUAAUGACAAGCUAUUUGAUUUUUUUUUUGAGGGAGUACUUCGUCAGAAAAGCAAUUUUCAUUGAUUUGUCGAUAUAUCGUUCAUUUGGGGUAUACAUAUAAUACCCCCCAAUAUUCCCCCAAAAAUUCCCUGGUAGGUACUAUGAAACCCACGAAUUUGAAACUCUAAAGGCGCGGACUUUCCGCUCUCUCAGGAAGUUUUCCCCCAUGGGGGAAGGUGUGGGCAAUUGAUAGAAAGUUUUUUUUUGGGUGAAAUUUUCCGGGAAAUGCUAUUAGGGAUUGUUGAAAUUGAAGAAAUAUUUUCCUUCUCUUACCUUUCUAAUAUUUUUGCGUGGAUGAUGUAAAAAAAAGUUUCUCAUAGGAAUUUUAUCCUACAAAAAAAGUGUGUGGAGAGUGAGGAAUUUCACGGGAAAUAUUUCAACAUCGACUUUAUUGAUUGAUGGUUAAGUUAUAUAUUAUACAUAUACAUUUAUAAAAAAUUUUGAAGAGUUAGAGAAAACAUUUGGGGAGGGUUGCCGAAACGGGAAAUUCGCGUAGUGAUUGAUGGUGAAAAGUAUAAUCGAAGAUGGUUCUUUUUCUUCAUUUUCCAUAAUUGAUUCAACCAUCCCCCACAUUUCCGCCCUCUCUCUGGCAGAAAUCUCACCCAGGCACUAUUUUGCGCGAAGUGUGUGGGUGGUAGGGCAUCCCUCUCGGUCUUUGGAGUGUCUGAACGAUGUAGCUUUGGGGCAUUUACUCAAGUCAUUAUCAGUUGUGGGAAAAAGGAGGAAAUAAUGGUGAAGGAUGUACCGAAAGUUUGAUCAAAUACAAAUAUGAUGAUGUCAGAGGUUAUUGAUAUCCUGGGCGAGGCCUCUUCCUCACCACAUAUAUAGCUAUACUGCUGGUAAAUUAUGAACUCCAUUAUCUACUCAGGCGUCGAGUGUGUGAGCCUGUGGCGUGAAUUGUCUGGUCAGCAAACCCUCUUAAACUUACCUCGAGGGGAUGUACAAAAUGUCUAUAUUUAUCGUAGCUAUUGGCCUCCCAAACCACAUCUCGACUACUGAAUAUUAAAUCUUCUUUGGUUGUGGGUGGGAAUAACUCAUUGAACGGCUUCAUUAAUCAUUCUGGAUUUGCAAGUCCAACGUGAAAAUUUGCAUUUUGGCUUUCAAGCUUCUGCAUUUGCACUGUAGUUUCAAUUUAAACUGAACUUAAAUCCACACACACGUGUGAUUUAAUUACUGUGGGCUAGUUAAGGGAAAGAAAGCACCGUGUGAUGUAUCAAUUUUUGAAUUCAUCAACCCCUAUAUAGAAUCAAACCCUCCAUCUCAAUAAAUCAAUACCGGAACACUGCUCAAAUAUAGAUUCAGUUCCCUCUGUGUGUGUGUGCCUGUUUAAUUUACACUCUGUCGAUCAAAUCCGGAGCUUAUUUGCCAAAAAGGGCUCUCUUCCUCCAUCUUCAUCAUCAACACGCUCUAGGCAACCCCAAAUCGCCACCCAACCCCCGCAAAAAAAAUGAUGAGGGUGAGAAAUUUAUAUUUAUUUUGCAAGAAGAAAAUUUAUUUUCAUUGAUUUAUUUUCUUGUCCUCCUUUUUUGCGUUCUGCGUAAAUGAGAAUCUGAUUAUGUGGCCUUAGCUUUUCUCUUCAAAGUGACAAUUUGUAAAAGGUUAUAUAGAGUAGGGAACGGAGUAAAAAACAAAUGAGAAAAAUUCAACACAAUAAAAAAAAGAAAAAAAAGAACCCUAUAGUGGUAUUUAUUUAGAGAAAAGUGUGAAUAGAAGAGUGAAAAAUGGAACUAAUAGAAAAAUAUUGCAACGUGGGAGAGUAAAUCCGUUUAGCUUUUCAAUUUCUCGCAGUUUGACAUGAAAAGACAAUUUAUCCCUUUUUCCUUGGAAGUUUUCUUCUUUUAUAUAGCCUGCCAUCAGUCCUGCCCCCUCUCCCUCCCAACACACAUACGCUAUGUAUGUAGGUAUAGCUAUGUUGGGGAGGAAAAUGCGGUAAUUGUGUAAUAAAAGCGAAUGAAAGGAUAUUUUAUUUAGUCAAAUAGAUGGCAGCACAACUUCUUUUUAAGGCAAUAUUGUCGUUAUCAAUUUUAUUACAUCGAAUAUUUGCUAAUUAUGAUUUUUUCUUGUGAUUUCAUUUACAAACACAUAGCUCUGAAAAUAUUGACGUAAAAAACAAUGGAAACAACAACUAUAAAAAUGAUUUAAUAAAUUUUGUAUUGAGGGACAAAAUGAUAUAAAAAAAUCAAUAAAAUUUUUUGAUUCUUUUCAUAAA